ACAGUAUUCUGUUGUCACUUGUCAUAUUGUGUGUUUGAUAUCAGAACUCUGAACUUUUGUUUUGUUAAAAAUGGCGACGGCAAUUGUUUGUUCGUCUCGCAAGGUCGGGAGGCUGAUAAAUGCUGUUCGACGUCUAUACUCGGAUUAUCCUAAAAUCACAACCCACUAUACAAUUCAUCCUCGUGAAAAUGAUCCCAGAUGGAAAGAUGUAAGCAUGGAACGUCAUGCCGAGGAGACAGAUAUCCUCAUUAUUGGUGGUGGUCCAGCUGGUAUGGCAGCUGCAAUCAGGGCUCGGCAACUGGCUGAGGAAAAAGGGGCUGAAGUCAGAGUGACCCUUUUAGAAAAGGCAGCUGAGGCCGGCGGUCAUAUACUUUCCGGGGCAUGUGUGGAUCCCAAAGCCCUUAAUGAGUUAAUACCUGAUUGGAAAGAUAAAGGAGCUCCAAUGAACACACCUGUCACAUCAGACAAGUUUGGUUACUUAACUAAGAGUGGCAGAAUACCUUUGCCUGUUUUCCCCGGUUUACCGCAUUAUAACCAUGGUAACUAUGUGGUGAGAUUGGGUCAUUUAGUGCGAUGGAUGUCAGAGCAGGCGGAGGCACUUGGCGCAGAGGUUUGGCCAGGGACCGCUGGUGCUGAGUUGCUGUAUCGUGACGACGGUUCCUUGAAAGGUGUAGCCACAGGGGAUGUUGGCAUCGCCAAAGACGGCAGCCCCAAAGAUAUGUUUGAACGUGGCAUGGAAUUCCACUCAAAGAUAACAAUAUUCGCUGAAGGUUGUCAUGGUCAUUUGACAAAGAUGGUGUCCAAUAAAUAUAAUCUUAAAGAGAAGAGUGAACCGCAAUCUUAUGGGAUUGGACUCAAGGAGUUAUGGGAAGUUGCGCCCGAGAGACACAACCCAGGUCUCGUUGAGCACACUAUAGGCUGGCCCAUGGACAAAAACACAUAUGGGGGCUCGUUUAUAUACCAUUUGAAGGUCGACGAGGGCGAAGCACCCUUGGUGGCGGUGGGGUAUGUGGUAGGGCUCGACUACGCCAACCCCUAUAUCAGCCCCUUCAGGGAGUUCCAGCGUUUUAAAACUCACCCUUAUGUGAAACCCAUGUUUGAAGGUGGUACUCGUAUAGCGUAUGGGGCUCGAGCGUUGGUGGAAGGUGGAUGGCAGUGUCUACCGGUGCCCGUGUUCCCGGGCGGUUGUCUUGCUGGAGACACGGCGGGCUACCUGAAUGUGCCGCGGAUAAAGGGAACACAUAACGCUAUGAAGAGUGGUAUGUUAGCAGCCGAGGCAGCCGUGGACCUCAUUGUAUCAGGAGAAGCAUCUCACGAUAAAGGAGUUGUGCCAACUAUGUAUGAAGACAAAUUAAAACAAUCAUAUGUAUAUAAAGAGUUAAAGCAAGUUAGAAACUGUCGGCCAUCUUUCCACAGUCCCCUGGGUGUGUUUGGAGGCGUGGCCUAUUCUGGUUUUUCAACAUUGGUCCGUGGAAAGGAACCUUGGACAUUCAGCCAUGGAGGUGCGGAUCACAGUAAAUUAAAGCCGGCGAAAGAUUUCAAACCCAUCGACUAUCCUAAGCCGGAUGGUGUUGUGACCUUUGACCUUUUAUCCUCAGUCGCACUCACAGGCACCAAUCACGAGUCAGACCAGCCGCCUCACCUUACCUUGAAGGAUGACUCCAUCCCUGUCAAGAGGAACCUCGCACAGUUCGACGGACCGGAGGCGAGAUUCUGUCCCGCGGGUGUGUAUGAGUUUGUUCCCAUGGAAACCGGAGACGGCCAAAGGCUUCAGAUCAACGCACAGAAUUGUAUACAUUGUAAGACAUGUGAUAUCAAAGAUCCUUCGCAGAACAUCAACUGGGUUGUGCCUGAGAGUGGUGGGGGGCCGGCUUACAAUGGAAUGUAAUAUAUGAGAAAUACUACCGCACACAUACAAACAUACAUAGAAUAUAACAAACAAUAGAUAUCAUUCUAUAUAGUGAAAAUAAAAAUAUAAAUGAGAUUAAAGAAAAAUGACGAUCCACGGAAGAAAAUAUUUUUGAUCACAAUUUUAUUAAUACCGUUUUUUAAAAAAGUGUUUUAUUGUAUAUAACAUAAAGUUAAAGUUUUAUGAACCAAAUGUUAUAUUUUUUAUAAGUAUAUAAUAUACUAAGUUAUGUACACGCGUUAUGAUAUAAUAUAUAGUAAUUUUUUACUGAAGUGUAUGUAAUCGGCAGCUGAUGUGUUCAAGCGAGAAUCGCGGUCGUAUGAAGUGUAUGAAAUUAUUGAAGAUAUAUAUUUUUGUAUACAAAAGAAUAUUCUAAUGUACAAUGUUUUGUAACAAUUUAUUCUGUACAUAAUAACUUAAUAGUUGUAUAUAAUAUCAUACAACCUCAGUAGAAUAGUUUUAUUUAGGAACAUUUAAUUAAAUAAAUAGUUAAAUAUU